AACCACUUUUUCUGCGUAUGCGGACAAUUUCCUUUGUUUGAAGAUUUUUUUGGAAUGUGGAGUGAUAUCAUGCGUAUACUCGCACUGCUCCUCGGGGUUAAAGCCGCCUGCAUCCUGCUGGUUUCUUCGCUCUCUGGCACGGGAGCGGUUAACAAUAGCGGCCGAUGGUGGGGGAUUGUGAACGUUGCCUCCUCAGCCAAUCUGCUCACCAACUCCAAGAAUGUGCAGUUGGUCCUGGACCCCAGCCUGGCUCUGCUCAGUCGUCGCCAGCGCAGGCUGAUUCGGCAGAACCCUGGCAUCCUCCACGCCAUCGUCGCUGGCCUGCACACGGCCAUGAAGGAAUGCAAGUGGCAGUUCCGCAACCGCCGCUGGAACUGCCCCACCACCCACAGUCCCACCGUCUUCGGCAAAAUAGUCAAUCGAGGUUGCCGAGAGACGGCGUUUGUGUUCGCCAUCACGAGCGCGGGCGUGACUCACGCGGUGGCGCGCUCCUGCUCCGAGGGGGCCAUCGAGUCGUGCACCUGCGACUACCGUCGCCGGGGCCCCGGGGGCACCGACUGGCACUGGGGCGGCUGCAGCGACAACGUGGACUUCGGCAGGAUGUUCGGCCGCGAGUUCGUGGACGCCAGCGAGAGGGGCCGGGACCUGCGCUACCUCACUAAUCUGCACAACAACGAGGCCGGGCGACUGACGGUGUCCUCAGAGAUGCGGCAGGAGUGCAAGUGCCACGGGAUGUCCGGCUCCUGCACCAUCCGCACCUGCUGGAUGCGGCUCCCGAGCUUCCGGACGGUCGGCGACUUCCUCAAGGACCGCUUCGACGGCGCCUCGCGGGUGGUCUACGCCAACAAGGGCAGCAACCGGGCCUCGCACCGGGCCGAGCCGCGUCACCUGGAGCCCGAGAACUCGGCGCACAAGCCGCCGUCGGCCCGCGACCUGGUCUACUUCGAGAAGUCGCCCAACUUCUGCUCGCAAGGCGGCAAGAUGGGAGCGCACGUCACCUCGGGCCGGACGUGCAACAGCUCGUCGCCGGGGCUGGACGGCUGCGAGCUGCUCUGCUGUGGCCGCGGCUACAAGACCCACACGGAGAAGGUGACAGAGAGGUGCCACUGCACCUUCCACUGGUGCUGCCACGUCAGCUGCCUCAACUGCACCAGCACCCAAACGCUGCACCAGUGUCUCUGACCGGAGCUGGAGUCCAGAGAGGAGAUGAACAAUAGCGGCUAGUGCUGCGCUGCGCUGUGAUGUCCAGCAACCUGGAACAGGACUAUGGGUUGGAAUGUUUGAAGGGUGACAUUGAGUAUAGGUGAAGUCAACGGUUUUGAGGUAGAAACUGGAUGACUGUCAAAGUCGGUGCAACGAAAAAAUACAACAAACAACUAUUCAGCGAGGUUGUGGGUAAUCACAAGUGGAAGCAUUCACGAGAGUGUGUGUUUACGGAAUAACAGGAAGAGGUCUUUUUUGGAAUUUACUCAUAUUUUGGGUUGAGAAGAGUUGUUUUGUUUAUCCCAUCUUAUUGGGUUAUUCUCAGCUUACAUACCCAUUACUGUGAGGGAAUUUCAUGCGGUUAUAAUCAACAGGCCUAACGCUUUAUCAUAUCCGUGUCAUAAAGGCAAAAAUGCAUUUCCUAGACAGACUGAUUGAUUUGACCAUUUCCUAGACUACUGUGUGCCUUCCUCGGUCCACUGGAAAUGAUUAUAUCCUUGCUUCAACUUCCCAACUGCUCUUAUCAAGCCAAAACAGGGAUGAGAACCACUAUGUAUAUCAAGGUGCUCCA